UGUCUGGUCCGACUUGGCUGUCCUGCUGGUGGGCCGGGCUGUGAGCUUACGUAGGGGACGGACGGGUUUACCUCGCGCCAUGGAGAGGAUCGACGACGGUUACUCGGCAACGCAGGAGUAUCCACAUCCGUUCAUUCACACAAUGAAGCUGACCAGGGCGCAAAGGAUCCGGGGUAUCAUCCUCGGCAGCAUCCUCUUCCCCCUACGCGUCACCUUGGCGGUCCUUUUCUUCCUUAUAAUGUGGCCCAUCGCCCGGCUGCGAUUGGCCGGCCUGUCCGAGGAGGAGCGCUCCAAACCCGUAGAAGGCUGGCGCCGCUGGUUUUACCACCCAAUCAUCUGGCUGCUGAGCAGAGCUGUGUUCUUCUCUCUGGGUUUCUACUGGAUUAAGGUCAAAGGUCGCAGGGCAAACCUGAAGGAGGCUCCGGUGCUGGUGGUGGCGCCCCACAGCAGCUUUCUGGACAUGCUGGUUUUUUGCCCGGCCCAGCUGGCGACGGUGGUGUCGAGGUCAGAGAACACCAGCCUGCCGGUCAUAGGAGCUCUGCUGGAGUUCAACCAGUCUGUGCUGGUGAGCAGGAAGGAUCCAGAGUCGAGAAAAAAAGCUGUCGCUCAACUCAAUGAGAGGUUGACCUCCGACGGCUACUGGCCUCAGAUGCUGAUGUUUCCCGAGGGGACAACGACUAACGGCAGUGCUCUCCUCAAAUUCAAGCCCGGUGCCUUUCUCGCUGGAGUUCCUGUCCAACCUGUGCUGCUGCAUUACCCCAACAAGCUGGAUACUGUUCGCUGGACGUACAAAGGCACAGCCUGGACCGAGGCUCUGUGGCACACGGUGUCCCAGCCGUACACCAACAUGACUGUUGAGUUCCUGCCAGUUUACAACCCUUCAGAGGAGGAGAAGAAGGACCCCAACCUGUACGCAGACAACGUUCAGCGACUCAUGGCCAGGGCCCUUGGAGUCCCCGCUACAGACCACGUGAUGGAGGGUGGGGUUCCCGUCAGCAAAGUCGGUGGUCUGUCCCUCCCGCUGGAGUCUCCAGCCAGAGAAACGCUGACGCUGCUGCACAAAAACGGUCUGGGAGCACAUGAAGUACAGACGGCUCUGGACAGGAUGAUUGACAGGUGUCGCUCAGGAGCUCAGGGUGCAAAGGUCAGCGCAGAGGAGCUCGCCUCCAUGCUCGGGCUGAGCCACCAGCAGACAGCUGUCCACAUCUGCGGCCUCUACUCCAAGGAUGACUCUGUGGACCUGAGGCACAUCUAUUUUAGUGUCGCACCCCUGACUGGAUGUGUUGACCUGAAGACACUGCUUCACUCUGCUUUCACUUUGUUUAACAGAGAGGGCGGAGGCAGCUUGAGUGAAAGGGAGCUGUCAGACCUGAUGGAGGCGCUGGUGGGCAUCCCUCAGCACAGAAUUGCCGAGCUCUACGCCGCCGCCUCCGAUCAGAACCGGCUCACUGAAGAGAGUCUGCUGCGGGUGCUGACUGCCCACCCAACCUUUCAGAAAGUGACGAAAGAGUACCUGAGGCCUGAGGAGGCUGCAGGUACUCUAUCUAACGGGAGGUCUGUGAACAAUAACGGAUCAGUUUACAACAACAGCAAGAAGUCUGAAUGAGGACCUCGCAGUGGGUUAUUUUAGGGGGGGCAGAUUGAACCGGAAUACUGGACAGAAGAUUGUAGACAUGUGAGGCGUGAUGUGUUCAUUGAAGUAUUUAUACAGUUCCUCUCUCAGGUGUGUGUGUGUGUGUGUGUGUGUGUGUGUGCGUGUGUCUGAAUAAAUCUUUGCUUCAGAUGCUGUUAAAGUCCAAAGGUCUUGAACGUGUUAUUUAUAAAGUUUCUUUGAAUGUUUGCUGAGGUGGGGUUUUUAUAGGAGUCCAAAGGUUUAUUUUUCUACAUGAAUUUGUGUAUUUUUGUUUACACGUGACAAAUAAAGUGUCAAGUAAA